AUGGAAGACGCUCUGGCCCGGGCAGUUAUCCAGAUAAGAUGGGAGGAAGAUAAGAUGAACCGAGCUGCUCAUUUUAGAUAUGAAUCAAGGCGGAGUGACAGGAAGCCAAAGCCUAGACCGGUAGAGCACCGCCACCAACCUCCAGCACGCAAUAUGGGCAGAGUCAGGAAACCUUAUGAUCACCAACCCGCGAGAAAUGAUAACAGGCAGUUCGGAUCGAACCGACACAAAAUACCAGAGUACAACCUCAACGUCGAACCAACCCAGGUCGUAACAAUAAUGAAAGGAUUGGGAUCCACCGUCAAGUGGCCUGGCAAGCUCAAUCCCGAGGCAAGGAGAGACAUAACCAAGUGGUGUGAAUUCCACAGCGACCAUGGGCACAACACUGCCGACUGUAUUGCCUUGUUGCUUGAGGUUGCCACACUUCUAAAAAGGGGACAUCUCCGUGAUCUGCUUACUGACAAGGGGAAGAACACUAUUAGCCAGAAAAGCUCCAAAGAACCGUCACCCCCUCCGCGAGAACACACGUCGAAAAGUUUCUGUUUGCUCAUCUCCGGAGGAUCAGAGAUCAGUGGGGUAAGUUACUCAUCGGCCAAGCGAUAUGCUAGAGCCAACCACCACCACGAAGUCCAGUCCAUCCAUCCGGUCUCGCAGUCACACUCUUAUCAGGUAAUUCAGUUUGAAGAUGACGAACCGGUCACCUUGGCCGCUUCUCAUCACGAUGCUUUAGUCGUCUCCCUACAGAUUGCCAACAUCUUAGUGAAAAGGGUCUUCGUAGAUGGAGGUUCGUUAGCAAACAUCCUGUUCCUCGAAGCAGUAAAGGCAAUGGGACUAGAAGAAGCAAACAUCAACAGACGGCCGACACUGCUGGUUAGGUUCAGCUCGGAGCAGAAAUACACUAUCGGAGAGAUCGUCCUUCCUAUCUACGCCGGCGGAGUGAACAAACAGACCGUCUUCGUGGUGAUCGACUGCCCAUCUCCCUACAACGUCAUUUUAGGCCAGCCUUGGAUCCACGACAUGCGGGCAGUCCCAUCUACCUUCCACCAGGCGAUCAGGUUUUCAACCAAGUGGGGGGGUACGAGAGAUCAAAGGCGACCCCAAAAGCUUCCAGAGACUGAUACAAGAAUGCCUUCAAGAGCAAAGGAAACUCUUCAUAGCAAUUACAGUCUCAUCCAACCCCUUGGACCGAGCCUGACCAACUAA